AUGGCCUCGCCAGAGUCCAAAGUCUACCGCCUUCGGCACAUCCCGGCGUACCUGGAUCGUCUCGGCCUCAUCCAGUUGAUGCAGCCUUUGCUACCCGAUGGAAAGCUGGAAGACAUCACGGUGGCAUCACUCGCUCUUAGCUGCGGCCGGUCUAGAACUCCAACCAAAACGGCAACACUCACUCUCCGAAGCCUUCCAGAUGUCGUGCGUACAGCCCCUGGGGCUGGCGAAUGGCUGCUUCCUGUUUCUGGUUUGCCGAAACCGCUCAUUCUGGACGAUACAUUCUAUGGACUCACCCCUCUCAAUGACGUUGCGGGACUUGAACAUCAUCAUGACUGCAUCGUGAUAUCCGGUCUUGCAAGCCAUCCGAUGGGAUCAUGGCAGCCCCGUGGCAACGACAAAUCCUUCAAUUGGAUACGGGAUGCACUACCCGAGCUCGUUCCCGGUGUCAGAUUCAUUCUCUACGGAUAUAACACCAAGCUAGUGGGGAGCAAGUCUUUCCAGACUGUCCCCGACCUCGCCAUUAACCUGAUCAACGAACUGAAAACGGGGGGCUGGUCAACGCCCAGCGCAAAAGACCUCGCUUUUCUGGCCCAUAGCCUUGGUGGUGUAGUAUUGAAGCAAUGCCUAUUCAUGCUAGCUGACAGCGGAGCGGAAUACGAAUCAAUACUCGGGAGAACGAAGGGUGCAAUCUUCUUUGGCGUGCCCAGCGAAGGCAUGAGCAUUGAGGAUCUCCGCAGUAUGCUUGGGGACCAGCCAAACAAAAGCGCGCUUGUGGACCAGAUAUCAGACAAUUCAGAGUUUCUCUCCAACUUGGAGGAACGCAUCACGGGUAUUUCUCGCAUUCGAGAAAUGAGGCUCUUCUGGGCUUACGAGACUCAAACAACACCUACUGUGGAGUUUAUCAACAACACAUAUCGCAGAUCAGGACCCGGGACUGUUUUGGUAUCGCGAGAAUCCGCCACAGGCGAUCGCUGCACUUCAGACCCUUCAUCGACUAUCCAGAUUGACGCCAGUCACUCCGAGAUGGUCAAGUUCUCUUCCGGAAGUCAUAUGAUUGGGCCCAUUGCGAACAAGCUACGAGAUGUUGUUGCCAGUCACUGCCAUGAUCUCGGCCACGAUUCAAAACCCUUAGCUACCCGUAUACUUUCAGUUCCGGCCAACCCCACCAUUACCCAGGCCUCUAUGGAGAGUAGCUCAAAAGAUACCGGACAUCCCAACCCGAAUCUCGACCUCUGGAAUCUCGAUGCUGAUACACUGAUAGAGAUUCUGCAAUCGCUAUGUGCUCCUGAAAGAGACGACAGACUCAGGCAAAUUGACGAUAGCGCCGGUUGUUCAUUUGAAUGGGUGUUCGAAAAGCCUUCAAUUGGAUUAACCAACUGGCUGCAGAAGGGAGAGGGUCUCUACUGGGUUUCUGGCCGCCCUGCCUCUGGGAAAUCAACCUUCAUGAAGUUCCUACGCAACGACAAACGCACACCACAGCUGCUGCGUGGAUGUAACAGCCAGUCCGAACACGUUCAUGCCAACUUCUUCUUCCAUUAUCGUGGUAGUCCGAUUCAAAAGUCAUUCGAGGGCUUGCUGAGGGGCAUUCUCAGUCAAAUCCUAGAGCAAGCUCCCGGAACAUUAUCAAUCUUCCAGUCGAUGCUUCAGCACCACUGUCAGCAGCUUCCUGACGCACAAUCCCUUGGAAGCCUGUACGCGGACUUGGAGGAUCUAUGGCUGGCGAAUGAACUAAAGCUUGACGCCGACACUCGAAGAGAUCUUGUCUCACUUCUUGAGUGCGAAGCUUCCAGCAAAUUGUUUCGCACAAUGGUUGUUCAGCCUCUACGUGCCAAAUACGAAAAAAGAAUCGAUGAGAAGCAAAUUGAGAAACUGGUGGUUCCUCAUUUGAAGGAUUUUCUGGCGUCUCUGGAAGAACAAAAACUUCUAGAGGCGUGCUCCGCUAUAUGUCCGCCAUAUUGGAGCAGCGACAUGGAAAACGACUUUCGGUCUUGCUUGCCUGAUUGGCUCGAGGCCGUAGACCUGAAAAAGAAGUUGUUGAAAUUGGGUGGAAUGUCGACAUUCCAGCGUGCUCACCCAUCGACACAAUCUCAAGCCAAAGCAAAGUUCGCUCAACAUGUUGAACAUAUUCGCAGUGUUUGGACAAUCGACAACUUGGAGCGAGCACUCUUCAAAAUCAUCAACCAGCAAUCUAUUGAUCUGGAUCUGUGCCUUUUUUUGGAUGCUCUUGAUGAGUACGAUGGACAACCAGAAUUUAUUGCCGAGUUUCUGAAGGAAAUCUCCCAGCAGAGAAGCAGUCGUACACGCCUCAAGAUUCUGUUCUCUAGUCGACCAUGGGACAAGUUUACGGAUGCAUUUAAAGACUGCCCAGGUUUCCGCAUUCACGAGCAUACGGAGAAUGACAUCCGCGAGUUGUGUAUCCAUAUGAUACACAUGGAAUGCCCGCGUUCUCGGGAACUCUUUCUGCUGGUAGAAGAGAUUGUCAAGCAAGCCAAUGGCGUGUUCUUGUGGGCAAAGCUGGUAUUGCUCGACUUAUCCAAGAUUGCAUCAGCCGCUGUAGGACGACGCGACACCCGAACUCUGUCCGACGACCUACAAAAGGCGCUGAAAGACCUUCCUCGAGACUUAGUCGAAUAUUAUAGCACCAUAGUCGAGCGGAUUCCGCAGUGCUUUCGCCGUGAGGCUUUUUGUCUGCUCGAAGUUGUUGCUAAGGGGGAUCAUAUCUUUCUAGAAGACAUUCCCAGGAUUCUCAGCUGUCUCAACUUCACUCAGUUCUACGAAAAUGAGCAAAUCAUAGAGAGACUAGAAAGGCCCGAUUCUCAAGCCCCGGAAGCUUUGUUGAGGACCUACACGGGAGGCCUCAUCGAGAUUCAUGGGACGCCACCUGAUCAAAAGCUUCAGUUGCUGCACCAGACAACGGUUGACUUUGUUCAACUGCCUAAAUUCAAAAACAUCAUGUUGCGAUCAGGAGCACACGCUAUGAAUGAUAAUGGACACACUUUUCUUGCGAAGUUCGAGCUGCUUGAGGAGUCAGGGCAUGAGGAUGGUAUUGUUCUCUUGAGUCAAGACUUUUUCAAGCAUGCGAAGCGUUCAGAAGAAACUACGGGAAGGAGCUUAUAUUCGUUCUUUUCAAAGACUUGGCAUCAAUUUACUCUGGACGAUCCUUCCCCUAGAAUUUACUCGCGCGAACGGCACAUGCCUCUACUAUUGUUCUUGCCUGCCAAGCCGACUCUUCACAUUUUUGCAGCAGCAUGUUGCGCCAAUCUUCGCCUAUUCAUGGAUGAGGCUUUACAAGCGAAUUCACAGAUAUUAUUCGAGCCGUCCGCUUGUUGCAUCACGGCUAUCAUCCUGUCGCCCUUUCUUACACUUAGUCAGCAUGAAGCUGUACAGAUGCUAGAAUGGCUGGCUUCUCACGAUUUCCCAUUCGAAAAUCACAUAGCUUGCGGUCUAUUAAGGGUAUUUCUGUCACUGAGGUCAGCGUUGCUUAGCUUCGAACGAGUUGAACCGUUGAUCGUCAACGUUGUGAGGCGCUUCAAGGAUCCGAACAUCAGCUUUUAUCUUCCCCCGCCUGAGACCAACCUCUAUGAUUCCCCAUCCAAGGCGGCGGAUGAUAUUUCAAGAGGGGCCGUACAUAUGAUUCAUUUAUCUUCCAGUACAAUCACCAAAGCCCUACUCGAAAGGGGCGCAAAUCCCAAUGUGAUGGGGGAAUACGGUCACACGCCGUUGGAUUGUUACGCAAAGGGCAAUCUCGGCAGCAGCGCCUACAGGCCAAAAUACGUCUUCGAAUUGAUGGCGCUACUCGUUCAAAAAGGAGGACGUCUCAAUACAUGCGACAAAGGAGAAUGGAAGUCGAAGAUGGAAGAAUUCAAGCGUGAUGGUCUCGACGUGUCGCUAUUCAAAAGGUUGGGAUAUCCUAAAUGGGUCAAGAAGAAGAAGGUGUCUUCCAGGGGGUUCCUAUACAAGGAAAUCACUCAUCUCUUCAGAAAGCUUUUUCUCUACGUUAUACCAAUAGUUUAUACCACUAGCUAUUAUACUAACCCCCUAGUAUCUGCUACUGCUGCUACUGCUGCUACUGCUGCUACUGCUGCUACUGCUGCUACUACUAUCGGUCCAGUUCACACCCUAUUCAUUUCAUUAAGCGCAUAUCCUAUACUGGGGAGGCCAAGUCAACUGCCUUUGCCUUCUUCUCAUCAUUAG